AAUACAUUUCCAACUGUCUUCAAGUUAUAAAGAAAGAAAAAAACAUGAAACUGAUAAUUACAUUACUUUUGGCAAACGUGCUCGUUGCCUAUGCACUUACCGAUAAGGAGGAAUGGCUCAAUUUUAAAUCUACAAACAAAAAAGUAUACAGAACGGCUUUAGAAGAAACGAAACGAUUCUCGAUCUUCCAAUCGAACUUGCGCAGAAUUGAAGCUCAUAAUGCAAAAGAAGAGCAAGGCCUUUCAUCAUACAGAAUGGGAGUUACUGUAUUUGCUGAUCUUACACCUCAAGAAUUUAAAGAUAUGAUGAAAUUAUCUAAGAGUGAAAGGACGGAAGAUAAAGAAAUCACUCCUACUAAAUUGGAUUACGAAGGUGAACUUCCUAACGAAAUUGAUUGGAGAAAAAAGGGGGCUGUAACAGAGAUAAAAAAUCAAUUAGCGUGCGGAUCAUGUUGGAGCUUCAGUACUACGGGAACAGUUGAAGGGGCAAAUUACAGAAAAACUGGCAAAUUGGUUUCCCUAAGCGAACAAAAUUUGGUAGAUUGUGACAAACAAGAUGAUGGAUGUGGAGGAGGAUUAAUGAUAAACGCACUUGAAUAUAUAGAAAAAAACGGAAUUAUGUCCGAAAAGGAUUAUCCUUAUGAAGCUAUAGAUGACAUGUGUAAAUUUAACAAAUCUGAUGUAGCUGUGAAAAUUACAUCAUUUACAAGAGUAGCAAUUGGUGAUGAACAAGACUUACAAGAAAAAGUUGCAUUGAUUGGACCUGUAUCGAUUGGAAUUGAUGCCACUUAUAAUUUCCAAUUGUAUAGUUCAGGUGUAUUUGAUGACGAUUCCUGUGAAAGUGAUAGACAAUCAUUGGAUCAUGGUGUAUUGGCUGUUGGAUAUGGCAGUAAAAAGGGAAAAGAUUAUUGGAUUGUUAAAAAUUCAUGGGGAACCGAUUGGGGAAUGGAUGGUUACAUUUUGAUGUCCAGAAACAAUAAAAAUCAAUGUGGAGUUGCCACAUACGCGGUCGUAGCAACAAUGUAGAAAUGUAUUUGUACCACUUUAAACUAUAUCAAUUCG